CCUCCUCCUCCUCCUCCUCCUCCGCCAUGCCUGGAGGCGGCCGCCGGGGCCUCGGAGGCGCCGCGGCGCUGCUGCGGGGCGGGGCGCUCUGCCUCCUCGCCUCGGCGGCGUGCGGCCGGCUCUGGGCCUCCGCGCCGCGGGGGCCCCCCUUGGGGGGGGCGCUGGCCGCGGCCUCGGCGGCGCUGCUCGUCGCGGCCUGGGCCGUCUUGGCGCCGCGGCGCUCUGCCGAGGAUACCGGGGCGCCGCCGGCCGCGGCCGAGGCGGGCCCCGCCUGCCGCGCCGAGCCUCGCGUGGCCGAGAGCGGCGGAGCCGCUGCGCCGCUGGCGCACGGCGGCGCACCGCUCCGCGCCCGGUACAGCGACACGGCCCUGUUCGUCGGCGCCCUGGCGAGGAUCGGAUCCACGCGGUGGGGCCGGAGGGCCCCGAGCCGCCUCCAGCGGCGGCCGCGGGGCGCCACCGGGAGAUCGCCGCGGCCUUGGAGGCGCUGCGUCGGGCGGCCGCGGGCAUCCCGACCGAGGGCGCGGCGAUGGAGCCCUUGGACGACCCCUUCGUCGGGCGGCUCCUGGUCGCCACGGACUUCGAAGUGGCCAGGGCUGUGGACCUGGCCAACACGUACGCCGCCUUCCGCAGGGCCUGGGGCGGCUUCCGCGCCCCGGGCCCGGAGGCCGCCGGCGGAGGGGCCUUCCUGCUGCCCUGCGAGGACCGCCUGGGGCGCCCGGUGCUGCUCAUACGGGGGAGGCACGUGGACGCGCAGGCGCCCGUUCACGUGCUGCAGCGGCAGUUCCGGGCGUACAUGGACGCGAUCAUCGUCCACCUGCUGCAGAGGAGGCCGGAGCUAGCCGCGACCAACCCGCUGGAGCAGUACGUCUGCGUCAUCGACGCGGCAGGUGCUGGGUGGGCGAACGUGUCCACGGAGUUCUUCCGCAUGCUGGUCAGUGAGACUGACAGGCACUACCCGGACAGGCUGCAAGAGGUGAUCGUCCUCGGAGUGAACGCCACAGUUCGCACGAUCUGGAGGGUCGCGGCCGGAUCCGGCAUUGUCCACCCGCGGUCGCAGAAGAAGGUGAGGAUGGUCGCGCCAGAGAAGGUCGAGGCUGUCAUGCGGGGGCUGGUGCCAGAGCAAACGCUGCCAGCUGACUACGGCGGGCGCGCGCCGGCGCUGGGGAACCCAGCCCUCCUCGGAGAUGGCCUCUCGGCUCAGCACGUGGGCGCCCUGGCCUCGGCGAUCUGGCAGGGCCAGCCAAGCGCACAGAAGCCCGCGACGUCUUCUUCGACCACAGACGACUGUGCCGAGAUCUGCUCCCUCAGCUCCGGCUCGUCCAGCAGCAGCCACGCCCCAGCGCGGAGGCGACCGUCGGUCUGGACGGCCCAGGCCCGGCGCGGAGGGUUCUGCUUGGGGGGCGUGCUUGCGGGACUGCGCGGCACCUGCAGCCCUUGCGCGAAUCUGCGCUUGCUCAGGACGCUGUCCAAAGGCCAGCGCCAGUGAGGAGGGUCACUUCAGGGUAGGGGGACACGCCCGACCUGACGGUAGGUGCGCCAAGAAUUGGGAUGUGCAUGGUCUGCUAUGACCCGCGCAGGGCACAGGCCGCCCACGACGGAUCGGAAGGUUUUUUUUCUUAACGCACGCAGGGGUCGACCUUGGGAGCCCGCCGGGCUGCCGGCGACCCCUGGCCUUUUUCGCCUGUCCAUCCGCCCUUUCGCCCUCCUCUUCCCCCCCCCCUUCCAUCGUCCUCUGGCCAGUCAUCGGCCACCCUGCGAGGGC